AUGACGGCGCAGCCUCCUUAUCUUGAACUCCUGGAAGCUGUGGAUAGUUUUCCACACAUUGACAUAUCAAAGACACCCUACAACCCACGCGUCAAUCUUGCUUUCUACCAAUUACUUCUUCCCAACGAUCCUCGACCCCACGGAUACAUCCACUCGUCCAUAGUGCAGAAGCUCAAAUGGUCUGCCGCGUUCCAAGUGAGCCACAACUCGCCAAGAACUGUGCAGCUGCUCGACGACUCACAUGGAGAGGAUACUGCCGCUAUAUGUAGCCGUGCCUUCUAUGAGGUGUUAGAAAAAGCCGUUGAAGACAAGCUGUUUCCUUUUCUCAAGACGAUGCAAUGGGAAAAUUACAGGAUCGUAGGUGCCAGAUAUCCAACCGUGCAGAUACUGCGCAGUGCAGCGCGUCUAUUUGGCAUCUGCUCUCGUGGGGCCCACAUGACAGCAUACGUGCGAACCAAUGAGGGGAUGAAGAUAUGGGUAGGACGACGGGCCGCUCAUCUUUUCACCUACCCAGGCAAGCUGGACACGACCGUUGCUGGUGGGGUCAAGGCUGAAGAGUCACCUUUCGAAUGCAUCGUGCACGAGGCUGCCGAGGAAGCGUCUAUACCGGCUGAUUUCGUUCGCGCCAACGUCAAAGCUUGCGGUGCGAUCACAUAUGUCGCAAAGAGUAGCGAUGCCUACGGAGACGGUUCUGACUUAAUGACCCCGGUCAUCUUAUACAACUACGACAUCGAACUUCCUGAACACAUCGUACCUCGGCCCCAAGACGACGAGGUAGAAGACUUCUAUCUGUGGGACCUGGAGCAAGUCAAGAAAGCAAUGAUCAACCGACAAUUCAAAACCAAUUGCGCGGCUGUUAUGAUUGAUUUCUUUAUUCGACACGGCAUCCUCACAGACGAGAACGAGCAGGAUUACCUUGAGAUUGUAACGCGCCUUCACCGGAAGCUGCCAGUGGCUACAUCAGCUUCAGCACCUUGA